AUGACGUCGCUCAAGCAUGGCGUCAAUUUGAGCAGACGGGCGUGCAGGCACACGCUUAGCCUAUUCACUGCCGCUGCUCUCUUGUCUGUCGUCAGCUCCAAUCCUGUCGAAAGCACCACAAAAACGAGUCCGUCCAUUGCAGUCGAUGGGAUCUCUACGUAUCCAGGGCUUGGUUUUGGCCCAAUGGGACCCGUGGCUCCGCUUCCAGGGGAACCCCCGGGGACGCAGCUACGUCAGAAGCAGGAAAUCACAACAGAUUCUCCAGCCACUGAAGAACCGAAAGAGGAAAGAAAGAUAGUUAUAGCAGCAUUUGAAUUCCAUCGUGUGGAGACACCGUUUUUAAUUGGAGUUUGGAUAUUCUUCGCUAGCAUUGCAAAAAUAGGUGAGCUUGUUCCAAUAAAAUAA